CAGACGACCCGGAGGGGUCCAUUUCAUCUGUCCGAUCUGUCGGCACCGAGAGAAAAACCCCGCAGCUCCUUUGACUGUUUCCAGUCUGCGAGGAUUUGAACCUUCUUCGGUUCAGCUCGGUUUUGCGUCGCUGUGCCAGGAAACACCGAGCAGUUUGUAUAAUAGUUCAGGUCUCGCAGCGGCAGCAGGGUCAGUGCUCCGUCUCAGCACGGAUCCAGGAUGAAGCGAGCAACUUUCCUGCUGGUGUUUGGAGUCGUCCUGGGCUUCUGUCAGGCUCAGUCGGAGGCGGGAGGCGAGGAGACGGGUGGGGAAGAGGAACAUGUGGAGCUCUUCACCACACCGACCACUAAGAUGGCUGCCGCCACCUCGGACUUCGGCUACAACCUGUUCCGUGCUCUGGCGAGUCGCGAAGCCGCGGCCAACGUCUUCCUGUCCCCCAUCAGUGUGUCUGCGGUGAUGACGCAGCUGUCCUUGGGAGGGUCUGAGAAUGCUGAACGGCAGCUGUUCAGGGCUCUAAGGUACCACACCUUGCAGGAUCCUCAGCUCCACACCACCCUGAAAGACCUGCUGGCCUCGAUCAGGACGCCUGGAAAAGGCCUGAGCACCGCCGCGCGCAUCUACCUGGCACGACGACUUCGUCUAAAGCAGGACUUCUUCACGCGUGUGGAGCAGCAGUAUGGCGUUCGUCCCAAGGCACUGGUAGGAGCCAAAGAUGUAAAAGAAAUCAGUGACUGGGUGGCUAAGGAGACGGGCGGGAAGGUGCAGCGCUUCCUGGACAAACCCUUCCCCAGAAACACUGGCGUGAACACUGUGAGCGCCACCUACUUUAAAGGGAAGUGGGUGACUCGGUUCAGCCAGAGUGGAGCAAUGGAGAACUUCCAGGUAGACGGCGGGGCACCUGUCCGCGUUUCCAUGAUGCAACAGGAUAGCUACCCUGUGAAGAUGGGAGCCGAUUCAGAUUUGAGCUGCACAAUCGCUCAGAUCCAGAUGCAGGACGAUAUCAGCAUGUUCAUCUUACUGCCAGAUGAGGUGACCUCCAACAUGACCCUGCUGGAGGAGAGUUUGACCGCUGAGUUCGUUGAGGACCUCUCCAGGACGCUCCUCCCUGCCCAGGUGUCCCUAACUCUGCCCACCCUGAGGCUCAGCUACUCCACAGACCUGCUGCCACUGCUCAGCGACCUGGGUCUCUCUGAUUGGCUAGAGAACCCAGACCUGGAGAAGAUCUCAGCUCAGGCCACCAAGCUCAGCAGUGUCAAACACAAGGUUGUCAUGGAGACGGCGCCCGAGGGGAACCAGUACCCCAGCGUCAACUCGACGCCCAGCCACUUAUCGUUCCGCGUGGACCGCCCCUUCCUCUACUUGAUCCGGGACGAAGCAACGGGGGCCCUGCUCUUCAUCGGCAGGGUGGUCAACCCCAAGGACCUGACGAUAUAACACACGUGCACACAUGUCGGCCUUUCUGUAGUUGUGAGGACAUUCAUUGACAUAGUGCAAUCCCUAGCCUUUACCCUAACCCAACCAUCACAGCUAAACUGCCUAACCCUAACCCUACCUUAUCCCUAACCUAAACCCGAUUUUAACCUGAAUCCUAAAACUAAGUCUUCACCCUCAAACAGCCAUUUGAAGGUGUGAGGAGUGGCCUAAAUGACCUAAGUCCCGAUGUCGAAAACUCAAACUGUCUUUGUGGUCCUCAGAAAGAUAGCCAUACAAGUACUCACACUCUCUUAGCAGGUCCUAGGAUGGAUUUCAGGUAUUUGCUUUGCGUUUGUUGUGGCAGACAUUUGUAAGGAUAUUUGAUCUUGAUUUUACAUGAUUUUUUACUUUUCAUGUUGAAACACGUUGGUAUGAUCAUGUUAAUCUGAUACUCAAACACAUUGAUGAUACCCUGAGCUUACCAAAGGACUGUUUUUUAAGAAAUCAAAUAUUGUCAUUUUCGUUCAAAGAAAUAAACACGACAAUAAAACGAAA